AUGGCUGCCCCUAGUACUUCGAUAGCUUAUCCUCCAUCUUCGACUGCCUCCAACUGCAAUGCCGCGAAUGUUUGGAACCCCCCUAGCGGCGACCCGGCCUGCGCGUCGCGCAUCACUGGCAACAUCACAGACGUCUUCAACGACUGCUGCGGUCAAGCCACGCCCCACACGUACGCCAACGACUGCAGUAUCUAUUGUCUCGCCCAAGGCCAAGACAUUGAUAAGCUCCGCUCCUGCCUGCAGACCAAGAGCGAUAACCAUCACGACGUCUUCUGCAACACCGCCAACGCGAGUGCUACUGCUACGGACGUCGGCGUAGGAAACACUUCUGCCACCAAAGCCCCCAAAGCUACCAAGACCAGCAGCGGCUCCUCGGUGUCUCAUACCGAAAAUGCGGCGUUGGCCAACCAGCCCGUUUCCAAGGCUGAUCUAGGUGUCGUUGCGCUGGUCUUUUGCUCUGCUCUGAUGGGCCUUUUCGCUUAA